AUGGCGCUGCUGCUUUUACUGAUGAUGCUGGCAUCGUGUGCUGCCACUCCACAAAACCUGGCAAGGAAAAUGUUCACCUUACCAGAAGCAACAAAUACAGCUCACGUGAAGCUGUUAACAACAAAACAAGAUUUAGGUGCUGUAACUGUCUGUCUCAGAUCCUUUACAGACCUCAGAAGAGGCCACCCUGUUUUCUCUUUGGCAACAUCGCUUGGUUUCAAUUACUUUGUAAUAUUCAAACAAAAUGCAAAUGAUUUGUUUGAUCUGUGGGCCAGGGAAAAAAAAGCUGAAUUUGAAUCGCAAGACUACAAGCUGAACACGUGGAAUGCGAUUUGUUCCACUUGGGAUGCUACCUCUGGACUAAUUCAGCUGUGGGUAAAUGGAAAGCCUUCCAGCAGGAAAUUUGUCAGCUCUGGAUCCAACAUCAUUGGACCCAUGUCUAUUGUUUUAGGACAGGAACAGGAUUCCUAUGGUGGAGGAUUUGAUAUUAAUCAGUCUUUUAUUGGCAUGAUAUCUGAUGUCCACAUGUGGGACCACACCAUGUCUUCCUGUGAGAUCCAGAACUACUCCGAUGAGCUGAGCUUCACUCCAGGGAAUGUGCUGAACUGGAAUGCUCUGGAUUUUCAGAUAACAGGAAGAGUGUUGAUAGAAGACAAGCAAAGGAUCUGUUGA